CGAAAUACGACGUCGGCUCUCCCUUUUCGUGUCAACAUUUUGAGGCAUAAGAAAUUCAAAAGAUGGCAUCCUCGUCACAUUUGAACUGGUUGAUCGUACGCGACACCAAUGCAUUCCUCUUGAAGCAGCGCAACAUCAAGAAGCCCUUCAGCAAGGAGCGCAACAACUUGACCAACUUGAGCAGCUUCCGCUAUUCGGGACUCGUGCACAAGAGAACCGUCGGCGUUGUUCCCACAGACGACAACAAAGGCUUCACUCUUGAAUACAAGAAGGGCAGAUGCUACAACAAACCACAAAAAGCCGCCGUUAGCGUUACCUUCAAGGCUGGACCCCGUCGUGCAUUGCGCAACUUGAAGCGUCAUCUCGUGAACAACAAGUACCGCCGUGAUUUGACCCAAUGCGCCUUGCGUAAAGCCAGUGCGAUCCUCCGUUCACAAAAGCCCGUCAAGGGAAAGAAGGAAAAGAAAACAGCCAAGCCAAAGGCUGAAUAAAUCGUUUCUUGCUGUUUGAUACGCCGUGAUUUUGGAAAAAAAGAUACAAAAAAAUAUUUCAAUAAAAUCGAAAUAAUUGAGAAGAAAACAACAGAAAAAAGCAUUUUUUAAU